CUAUGAAGUGUAUGCUGACGUCGUCAUUAUGCGCCUGUGCACAUGCCCACAAGUGACGGUUCCGUUCACUUCCUUCCCUUCGAGAAGGAUCGUGGUGAAGAUGGCGGCGCAAAAUUCGACACCGAGUGAUCUUUACAAAUGCGUUUAUUCGUUUCUCCUGGAGAACAAGUUCACCAAGGCGGCUCAGCAGUUUCUGAAACAGACUAAAGUGACUCCACAGGAUCAAAAUGAAGAAAGCCUCAUCGACAUCUACAACUUCUGGGUGAAGUCUCCUGAAACCAAGAAACGAAAAGCACCUACCAACAAGGCUGAAGCUUCAAAUGGCCCAUCAGCCAAGAAAGCAAAAACCAGUACAGAGCGCUCCAGCAGUGAAGAGUCGAGCAGUGAGGAUGAAGCUGUUGCAAAACCAAUUAAAGCAGCCCCUGCAGCAGCCAAGGUGGUGCCUGCUAAAGCAGCAGCUAAAGCUGCAUCCAGCAGCAGUGAAGACUCCAGUGAAUCAGAGGAGGAGAAGGUUCCUGCAAAGGCUCCUGUGAAGCCGCCUGCUGCAGGCAGCUUGAGGAAGAAAGACAGCAGCUCAAGUAGUGAAGAAUCUGACUCUGAGGAUGAGCAGCCCGCCAAAGCUGCUGCACCAAAACCCAAGGCUGGUGCAGUCACAACACCCAAACCAGCUGUUCCUGCUAAAGGUGCCGCUCUGAAAAAGCAGGAGAGCAGCAGUGAAGAGAGUUCCUCAGAUUCUGAAGAUGAAGAGCCAGCCAAGGCUCCAGUCAAACCCGCCCCAGUGAAGGCUGCUGCACAUGCUGCUGAAUCGAGCAGUGAAGACUCUUCAUCUGAAGACGAGGCUCCACCCAGCAAAAAAACAAAAGCAGGAGCAUACAGCGCUGUCCCACCUCCUGCUUCAGUCCAGAAAGCUCCAGCUGCACCAGCAGCCAGCAAGGCCAAGGACAGCGACUCCUCGGAUACCAGUGAUGACAGCAGUGACGAGGAAAAACAAAAGAAAGUAGCUGUGAAACCAGUCAAGGCCGCUGCUGCCAAGCCUGGUGUGCCCAAACCUACUGCAAAGAAGCAGGAGUCCAGCUCUGAGAGCUCAGAUUCAAGCUCUGAUGAAGAGGAGACAAAGAAGCCCGCAGCCAAAGUCACCCCAGCUAAAGCAGCCCCAGUCAAACCUGUCCCAGCAAAGGCUGCACCUGCAAAAAAAGAAGACUCAGACUCAUCAAGUUCAGAGGAGGAAGAGGAGGUGAAGAAACCUGCAGCGAAGAUGACUCCCGCUAAGACGGCUCCAGCUAAACCUGUUGCAGCUAAAGUCACACCUGCUAAAGAAGAGUCCUCAGAGGAGGAGGAGACUGUAAAGAAGCCCACAGCUAAACCCGCACCUGCCAAGACUACUACCCCCGCUAAAAAAGACGAGUCCUCAAGCUCGGAAUCAGAUGGCACCUCUGAAGAUGAGGCUCCUGCAAAACCUGCCACUAAAGCUGCAGCCCCAAAGACACCUGCUGCUGCUUCUAAACCUGCAGCCAAGGCGGCAGAGAGCAGCUCUGAUUCAGAGGACUCCUCUGAGGAUGAGGAAGAGCCAGUGAAAGCCAAGCCAGCGGCUAAACCAGCUACCCCAGCUUCAAAGCCUGCUACCCCAGCUUCAAAGCCUGCUACCCCAGCUUCAAAGCCUGCUACCCCAGCUUCAAAGCCUGCUACUCCUGCAGCAAAGCCUGCUGCUGCAGCAGAGAGCAGCUCAGACUCUGACUCCUCUUCUGAAGAUGAAGAACCAGUUAAGGCUAAACCUGCAGCAGCUAAACCGGCUGCUGCUAAACCAUCUACCCCGGCUUCAAAGCCUGGUACUCCUGCAGCAAAGCCUGCUGCUGCAGCAGAGAGCAGCUCAGACUCUGACUCCUCUUCUGAAGAUGAAGAACCAGUUAAGGCUAAACCUGCAGCAGCUAAACCGGCUGCUGCUAAACCAUCUACCCCGGCUUCAAAGCCUGGUACUCCUGCAGCAAAGCCUGCUGCUGCAGCAGAGAGCAGCUCAGACUCUGACUCCUCUUCUGAAGAUGAAGAACCAGUUAAGGCUAAACCUGCAGCAGCUAAACCGGCUGCUGCUAAACCAUCUACCCCGGCUUCAAAGCCUGGUACUCCUGCAGCAAAGCCUGCUGCUGCAGCAGAGAGCAGCUCAGACUCUGACUCCUCUUCUGAAGAUGAAGAACCAGUUAAGGCUAAACCUGCAGCAGCUAAACCGGCUGCUGCUAAACCAUCUACCCCGGCUUCAAAGCCUGGUACUCCUGCAGCAAAGCCUGCUGCUGCAGCAGAGAGCAGCUCAGACUCUGACUCCUCUUCUGAAGAUGAAGAACCAGUUAAGGCUAAACCUGCAGCAGCUAAACCGGCUGCUGCUAAACCAUCUACCCCGGCUUCAAAGCCUGGUACUCCUGCAGCAAAGCCUGCUGCUGCAGCAGAGAGCAGCUCAGACUCUGACUCCUCUUCUGAAGAUGAAGAACCAGUUAAGGCUAAACCUGCAGCAGCUAAACCGGCUGCUGCUAAACCAUCUACCCCGGCUUCAAAGCCUGGUACUCCUGCAGCAAAGCCUGCUGCUGCAGCAGAGAGCAGCUCAGACUCUGACUCCUCUUCUGAAGAUGAAGAACCAGUUAAGGCUAAACCUGCAGCAGCUACACCAGCCUCAAAGCCUGGUACUCCUGCUGCAAAGCCUGCUGCUGCAGAGAGCAGCUCAGAAUCUGACUCCUCCUCUGAGGAUGAGGAAGAAGUGGUGAAAGCCAAGGCGGCAGCAGCUAAGCCUGCAACACCGGCUGCAAAGCCCGGGGCAGCAGCAGACAGCAGCUCGGAUUCUGAUAGCGAUAGCUCAGACUCAGAGAAUGAGGCAGCCAAACCUGCAGUCAAGAAACAAACUCCAGCAGCAGCCAAGAAACCUGCCCCUGCUGUCAGCAAGGCUCCUGCAGACACCAAUGAUGACAGCUCCAGUGACGAGGAGGAACCCAAGAAGGCAGUGCCAUUACCCAAGCCCACAGCUGCAAAAAAGAAGGCUGAGGAGAGCAGCUCCGACUCCUCGGACAGCUCUGAUUCUGAGACGGAGACCAAGUCCACCCCUGCUAAGCCUGCAGUCACCAACGGCAAGGCAGCAACACCCAAGGCUGCAGCAGCCAAGACCCCUGCAAAGCCAGCAGAGUCCUCCUCCAGUGACAGUAGCUCUGAAGAGGAAGAGCAGGCCAGUAAAAGUACUGUAAAACCUGCUGCAACAGCCAAGACCACCUCUGCAGCUAAACCUAAAGAGAGCAGCAGCAGCUCCUCAGACAGUUCAUCAGAGGAGGAGGAAGCACCACGCAGAGCAGCCACAGCACCCAACACCCCCGCAACAAAUGGUACCAAUGCAAAGAGAAAAAGAAAUUGUGAAUCAUCAGAAAGUGAAGGGGAAGAGACAGAAGUCAAGACACCAGACAACAAGAAAGCAACCACAACACCACAGACUUUUCCUAAAGCCAGUAAGAAGUCUUCCAACAUACCGUUCCGUAGAAUAAGAGAGGAAGAAGUAAAGGUGGAUCCCCGCCUCACAGACAACUCUUUUGAUGCAAAGUUUGGAGCCAAAGGGGACUGGGGCCAGAAAGCUAACGACGUGCUCAAGUUCACGAAAGGCAAGUCAUUCCGCCAUGAAAAGACGAAGAAGAAGCGGGGAAGCUACCGUGGCGGAGCCAUCUCCACAACAGUCAACUCUAUUAAGUUUGACAGUGACUGAGGACAUUCUCACUCUCUCCCACCUGAACUGUACUGUACCUGAUCAGUUGUUUGCUUCCUCCGCCUGUAAACAGUCCCUCUAUCAUUACCACGCAGCAAUACACUGAAAGAGGAAUGUGACCCGUAGAGCUGAGUUGGCACUUUCAUUUAGUUAGCUGCCCUUAGUUUGAAAUAGAGCCCAUUCGUUUGAUCUCUGAUCUGUAGCUACAGCUAGUGGACCUGUGGCAGCAGGAGAGAGAGACUUCAGACUCUUUUGCUAAAGGUUGAUAUCAAUGUGACGUUAUUACCACUUAUAGCCACUAGGUGGCUGCAGGCCAUCUGUUAAUGGUAAAAAGCGAAUGUGUGUUGGGCCCCUUAUAAUUUUGCUUGUUAGUCUGUACUUUAUUCUCAAAUGACAUGUCUUGUCAUUUCUUUGUAACAUACAUUUUUCAUUUAUCUACGUACGAAUUACAGCCAUUCAUCCCGACAGGCUCUUUAUUGUGUGUAAACAAAAGGCUGAUAUUGAUUUUUAAUGUAUCACAUGGAUUUCUUGAAGUUUGGUGAGAGGGCGUGUUCUCGGGUUUUUUCUCUUUACAUUUCAUGAACAUUUGGAGAGUAGAACUGAGUUUUAUACUGUGUAUUUAUUAAGUUUUAUUCCAUUUCAACCUUACGGACCUAUCAAGCCAUCUCGAGAUAUUCUUAAGCCAUUUUGCUUUGUUUCUCCUGGCGUUAGAAUUCCCCUGACAAACCCCUUUGUUCAUCAGUGGUGUGGAAUUUAUCCACAAACAUAACUGAGAGCCAUGUUUGUUUUGAUUAUUUGAAUUUACUCUGAACUUUUGUGUACCUCUUUAUUUUUUUAUUGUCAAUUCUUGUAACGAUGAUUAAAGACCUUACAGACUAAA